AUGGCGGCGGCCGCCGCCGCUGCUGCUGCUGCCCUGAGCUGGAGGCGGGUCCCUUCCUCCACCGGGCCGGUGCCCCGCUCCCGCCACGGGCACCGCGCCGUGGCCAUCCGCGAGCUGGUGAUCAUCUUCGGGGGCGGCAACGAGGGCAUCGCCGACGAGCUGCACGUCUACAACACGGCUACAAAUCAGUGGUUUCUUCCUGCUGUUAGAGGAGAUAUUCCUCCAGGCUGUGCAGCCCAUGGAUUUGUCUGCGAUGGUACCAGAAUAUUAGUGUUCGGAGGAAUGGUUGAAUAUGGAAGAUACAGUAAUGAUUUAUAUGAAUUACAGGCAAGUCGAUGGCUGUGGAAAAAAGUAAAACCUCAGCCUCCAUCUAUUGGUUCACUACCUUGUCCUCGACUUGGCCACAGCUUUUCUUUAUAUGGUAACAAGUGUUAUUUAUUUGGUGGCCUGGCAAAUGAAAGUGAAGAUUCAAACAAUAACAUUCCCAGAUAUUUAAAUGAUUUCUAUGAACUGGAGCUGCAACAUGGUUCUGGAGUCGUAGGCUGGAGCAUUCCAAUGACCAAAGGGAUCUUGCCUUCUCCUCGAGAAUCCCACACAGCCAUUGUGUAUUGCAGAAAAGGUUUGGGAAAUCCAAAGAUGUAUAUUUUUGGAGGGAUGUGUGGCUGUCGACUUAAUGACCUUUGGGAGCUUGACAUAGAAACAAUGACCUGGUCAAGACCAGAAACUAAGGGGACGGUGCCACUUCCUCGCAGUCUCCAUACAGCCAAUGUAAUAGGAAACAAAAUGUAUGUUUUUGGUGGAUGGGUUCCACAGACAGUGGACGAUGAGAUUUCUGCUCGUGAUGGUGAAUGGAAGUGUACCAGUUCAUUUUCUUAUCUAAAUUUGGAUACCACGGAAUGGAUAGGUCUAAUCUCAGAUUGUCAGGAAGACAAAAAGAACUUAUUACCCGGGCCAAGAGCUGGACACUGUGCUGUGGCAGUCGGUACUCGUCUGUACAUCUGGAGUGGUAGAGAUGGUUACAGAAAAGCUUGGAACAAUCAAGUUUGCUGCAAGGAUCUUUGGUAUUUAGAUACAGAGAAACCACCAGCACCAUCACAGGUACAGCUGAUCAGAGCUACAACUAAUUCUUUUCAAGUAAAAUGGGAUGAAGUUCCUACAGUUGAAGGAUAUCUUCUUCAGUUAAAUGCUGACUCCCCAGCGCCUACAGUGACUGGUGGAACUGUGGUUCCUGAGACUGCACUGCUGAAUCCACAAGGAAUCAAGCUGGAUCUUCACAGCCAAACAAAUCACAUGGUUCCUAAUCAUGUACAAGUUACAUCUAAUUCAUUACUAAAACUAGAAGCUAAAGAAAAUAUUACUGAACCUGAAAACAUUGUUACACAAGAAGCUACAAAGAAAAACCAUCUAGAUUCUAGAGGAUUCAAAGAUUCAAAUGCCCCCUCGCUUUUGCCAGCGUGCACUUUAGGUCCUCAGACUUCAGCAAAUGUAGCUGAAUUACAUGACUUGGACAUACGAACUGUAAAUCCUGAUGCUUCUGUAUCCAGUACUGUCUCCAGCACACAAACUAUGGUAACCCAGCAGGCUGUUAAAACUGAGUCAUCAAGUACAAAUGGGGCAGUUGUUAAAGAUGAAACUUCACUAGCAACAUUCAGUUCAAAAUCUGAAGUUGCUGAAACUACUUUUAUAAUGCCUUCAACCAAGGUCAGCACUGGUCACACAAAUAACUCGACUGUGCACUUAUCUAAAACUACUCCACUAAGGCAGAUGGCAACAGUGAAAACAAGAGAACGACAGUGGUACGAUGUAGGAAUUUUUAAAAGCAACAGUGCUUUGGUGAGCCAGUACUAUUUGUUGCCAGAAGAAAAAUUAAGCAUCUCCAACAAGGUGGAAAAUGCAGAUGUCCCAGACUACAGUUUACUUAAGAAACAGGAUCUCUUUCCAGGCACUGUGUACAGGUUCAGGGUUGCUGCAAUUAAUGGCUGUGGUGUCGGCCCUUUCAGUAAAGUCAGUGAAUUUAAAACCUGCAUUCCGGGUUUUCCUGGGGCACCUUCAACAGUCAGAAUCACCAAGAGUGUAGACUGUAUUCAUCUUUCAUGGGAGCCACCUGUUUCACCUUCUGGAAAUAUCUUGGAAUAUUCAGCUUACUUAGCUAUUCGUACCACACAAGUACAUGAAAACCCAAAUCAGCUUGUAUUUAUGAAAAUAUACUGUGGUCUUAAAACAUCAUGUAUAGUGACUGCUGCACAGCUUUCAAAUGCCCAUGUUGAUUACACCUCCAGACCUGCUAUAGUGUUCAGGAUUUCUGCAAAGAAUGAGAGAGGAUAUGGACCAGCCACGCAAGUUCGAUGGCUUCAAGGUAAAGUGGAUACCAAAUGUAGCGUUAAAUGGGAUUUAUCUGCACUAUGAGAAAACUAUUUAUCAAACUGUUUUUCUGUUGUUGAGUCCAUUUUUCCUUAGCAGCAUGCAGCCUCUUCUGCCUGAAUGAUCUGUAGAGUUUUUAGAAACAUUUGGUCAUUAAUUUAAGUUCCGCUUAAAACUUUGACAACUUGUUCUAUUAAUUUGGAUGCAAGUAGAAGCUGAAAAGUGUAAAAAUACUGAAUCAUUAUACUGGUUCACCCCACAGGUAUACAUUAUCAGAAAGAACCCAACCAAACUUUAGAUUCUAAUUAGCUUCAUUUCAACGUCAACAUUUUUGUCCUGCUGAUACUGCCAGCUAACCUAGUAGCAUCCACUGUUUUGAUUGGUUCCUUCUGUCCUUUUUCCUCUUUAAUCAGAGAGUAAUUUAUUGCCUCUGUAUGAGGUGCCCUGAUUUUGUUCACUUCCAGUAAGGGCAGUGAAAUCACUGCUUUCUCUUAAGGUUUCUGAAAUUGUGUUAGUGUCUUGGCUUAUUAGGACAAUGAGCCACUUGUUACUACUUUCUAGCCUUUACAUUUAAACCAGUAAAACAAUUGCAGGGCUCAAACCAAAGGUGAGCUAUUAGAAAACACUAUUGUCCACACUUGAAAACUGUUUCUCUAAUCUGAGGGAAGACAAUGUAGAAGAGUUCAGUUUGGUGUUUACUAUUCCAGCCCUGCUUUGAGGGUUUUGGCAAUAAUUUAUAUACUGAAAUCUCUAGAUACAAGCUUCAAGAAUAUGGUCUGUUUGAACGUGUCAGACCACUUAAAUGUUCCAUGACUUCAUAUAGAUAAUAGUGUGUCUCCUUCUUUUCACAGAAAUGAAAACAUCAAGUUCAAAAUAGAAGCACCAUAAUAAAAUUCAAGUUAUGAAUGUAGUGUUUAACAUUUGUAAUAUUUUGUAAAUGCUCCAAAUAUUUUAUUUUUGCAUUGUUUUUAUCUUAAAUUUAUAUGAACACUUUUUUUUAUAUUUUAAACAUCAGCAUUAUGCAGCCUUGCUCAGGUUGAACUACCAUAUAUGGAAAUUCUUAUAGUGAAGAUAAAUAAUUAGAUACUGACUAUCUUCUAUCAACAACCAUUUUGAUAAUUAACGUUUUAACUAUCACUGCCUUUUAAAUCUGAAAUUGACUCUUGAAGCAGAAUUUAAAUUUGUUACAAUUGCAGGUGUACAAGAUUAUCCGCCACUUGUGCCAGUUUUCAAAGUUUUCGUAGAGAUUGCCCGUGUUGAAAUGUCAUUGCACAGAUAACUUUGUAAAGCCUCAUGAUCUCUGUUCAGUUGAAGUUCUUAUACCACAUUCAUCACUGUGGUAUCUGAGUGCAAGGUGAACAUUUCCAUUUAUUAUGGUAUCUUAAAAUGUAUAGAAUAUUUUAAUAUAUAUGCUUUUUGUAAAGAAAUGAUUUUUCUACUAUUUGUAACAAAUAUUUUAAUCUUUAAAGGCAUUCCCUGAAGAUAUGCAAAUACUAGGAAACUUAGUCACUUCUGUUAUGAAAAAUAUAAAUGUAAUGUAAAUGCACUACUAUUAGUUGGGAUUAUCCUUUUGAAGUUGUACAAAUCUUAAAUCUGUAAAUAUUCUUAAUGUUUACAAAGAGACCUCUCUGGUCUACUAUUAAACCCUUCAUGAGGAUUCAUCCAUUUUUUUUAAACCCAUAUGCUUUGCUUCCAGCAUAUGCUUGCUUUUUGCACUAAUAAGAAUUUAAUGUACCUCAUUCUUAUGUUUGUAAUCGCUUGUGUUGCUUCCAUAACAUUUCUGUAAUAUUUUAGUCUACAAAUUUAACCAAAGUUAAAAUACAUGGUAAGCAGUUUUGCACAUAUUAUAUGCUAAUUCUUAUGACAUAUUUAUUCCAGUUAGUCUUCAUAACUGCUUGAUUGGUAAAAUAUACAGGUAAAGCAAUCAGUUCAAUACUCCCAUUUACCUGUCAGUCAUUUUUCAUUAAUUAGAUAGCUAUUUAGCUCAAAAAGCACUGCUGUUAGGAAUAGGUUGAUCCAUUCCUGUGCUAAAGAAAAUGUUUGUUCACAGUAAUAGAACAAAUGUAAACAUUUCAAUGCUAUUUAUUUUUAAAAAAUUAUUUGUUUACCAAAGUGUAGAGUAAAAUGGCUGAAUUGUGUGAGGCCACUAGGUGAAUAGAUUUUGAGGCAUCUAAUAAUAAUUUUUAUAAAAUGAGUUACUGCACAUGUGCAAUGAAGUUUAUACUUUGCACUUUAAAUUUUUCCUUCGAUGCCAAAAGAAUAUACAUCAAGGUGGAAUUACUUGCCUUUUUCCCUUACAUUUAUGUUAAGAACAUGCACUGUAAAUAUGUAAUCUUAAAAAUUAAGAAUAGACUUGCCUGUUUAUUUUGUUUUGGUUUUUAAUGGGGGCAUAGAUAUUAUUUGGUAAAAGAUUCUCAAGAAAAGAUUGGCUAACCCAAAUAUGCUGAAGUAAAUUUUAUGGCCAAACUUUAGACUUCUAAAAGUCAGGGUUUAUAAUGGAAGUGCUGAUACAGCCUUAACACAGCCACAAUCUGUGAUGCCAUGUAAAAGCACUGGGGACUUUACAGAUCUUCGUUGUAGAAUUGAUUGUGACAUAAGAGUGUAGUAUAAAUAGUUCUACUCAUAACAAUAGAAAACCUGACAAGAAAAAAACUUGUGCAUAUAGUGUUGAUUUCAACAGAUUCAUUUGAAGCUGAGUAUUCACAUCAUGAGUUUUUAUAUAGGGUUUUUUCCUGCAGACAAAGUUAAAUGGGCUUAAAAACAUUAGCAUAAUGGUCUACUUUAUCAGUUAUGACCUUGACACUACCCAGUAACUAAAAUCUCCACUUACACGCAGGCUGUAACUAGAAAAGUAUAACUUUGCUUUUCUUAUUAGUACUGUGAAAGAUGCCUUUAGAAAACAUUUGCUGGUUGGUAGCUGUGAUUGUAGUGAUAUUAUUUAAGAAUAAAAUCUGUUGGGUACGUCCAUGGAUGGAGUUUUUGCACUUGGUUUCAUAUACUUUGCACAUUUUAUUUUUUAGAGGGUGUGUCACGAUGACCAAAGGUAAAACUGUGGUGUUUUCAAUCAAAAUAUGAUUUCUGUGUAAGUGUACUUACAGCUGGCUUUAUGUAAGUUUUCACUCUCUUCCGUUAUCCCAGUUGGGUAAUGUUUGAAUAGUGAACAUAUGCAAAUCUCCUGUUCCGUGCUUUGCAGUUUUACUUUAAAAUUAAAUUACGUUAUACACUGUGAAAAUGCACAUUGAGGUCUGCUUCUCAGAACUGUACUUGCAAAAUGUCUAAAUCCCACCUAAGUUUCAUCUUAGAGAAACAUUUUAUUUGUUUAUAAACUAGAUAUUGGACAAAUAUACUGAGAUGUCUGUUCCAGUUUUUAAAUUUAUUUAAAAUACAAUUGAAAUUAGCUGUUUGAGAAACUGCAUCAGAAGUCCUCAUUAUUCCAUAUUUGUCAUUGUUAAAAUACAUGUAAACAAAACACUCACAUUGAUCAGAAUACAGUAUCAGAUUUGUAGAAAUUUCAAGGGGUUUGGUAGACUUUUCAUGAAAGUUCUGACUAUAUAAGUAGAAAAGUUAUGCUAGUUGUGGCAGAUAUUGCAACAACUUAAGAAUGUUUUUGUGAAAUUUGAAAUAAAAUGAACAAGAACCAACAUUUUGUGUUUUAAAGUAACUAUAGCAAUAUCUUCGAAUAUAGUUUGAAGUAGAGCACGUGAUGACCAAGCCAGAAACUUUGGAGAUAUAGUUAACGAUACUAUUGUUAACUGGUAUUUCAAGGUGGUUGAUUUGAGGUGGUUAUAGUUUUAUGGCCUGUUACUUCAAUGAUCUCUACAAAGAAAAUUGACGUUUUGUACAAUGAAAAAAUAAUUGAAUAUAUCUUAUUUCAAAGCAUUGUUUAUUCUUUGUAAUAAAG